CAAGAGCCUUAUAGAAUCAAACCUAAAAAUUUAAGAGAUUAUGGAAGUAAACACGUUUCCAGAAUUUAUGGUGGUAAGAAACCAACUUCCCAACAUCUUAAACUGCUUUCAAGAAUUGCAAUGAGACAAGAAUCUGACCGUCUUGAUGCAGGCGAUAAUUAUGCUAUAGGUGAUAUGGAAUCAGAAGACUCUGGUCCUGAAGAUGACUGUAACUCAGAGCCAGAAUUGGAGUCUGCGGAAAAUGAUGAAAUAUCUGAAAUUAUCAAUAUGUAUAGUUACUAA